CUUGACGAUCAGCUGUGUACACGAAAGCGAGGCAAGUGCUUUGUUGGCCAAACCAAAAUGUCGGAAAAUGGCUGAUAGCGAUCGGGACUUAAAGCUGGCUGCGGCCAGAAAACGGCUGAAGAAAUUUCAGCAAAAACGUACACCCAACUCAAGUCCAUCCGUCCACAAAACUUCUCAAAACAGUCCUGUAGUUUCUACUGAUUCUAGUACGAAAUCGUCAAAUUCUUCCGUCCCUUCUUCUCCAAUCAACAAAACUGCAGACAAAAGUUUUAAUCAUAUCCUGUUGUCACCAAAUAAUGAUGAAGUAAAUAGGCCCAGUUCCCCCGGAGCUGAUAACACAGGCCUUGAAGACAAUCCCCAAAACAACACCAAGGGCCAAACCUUGCCAUUACCAUCCCCUACUCAGAAGAGUGUUGACAAAAACCAUGUCACUUCUCUGACCAAUGGAAGUGAUGUUUCCACCACAGAGAAGAUAAGACAAAUGUGUAAUCAGCUGAAUGGAUUGAUGGACCAGGACUUUCCACUGAAUGGUGAAGACCCAGUCAUAAGUGAAAUAGAGACACUUGAGAGACGUAAUCAUGAACUUGAAGAGAGCUUGAUGUCUCAUAAGCGAUCAAAUGAACAGCUGAACAACCAGGUCAAUGAGCAGAGGAAGCAAAUUAUCAACCUCCAGGAUCAGAUCAAACGAGAAAGAGCAGAGCUGGCCAAUAGACAGUUGCUGGAACAAAGAACUUUAAAAGAACAGUUAGAGGUUCAUAUUCAAACCAUAGGAAUUUUAGUUGGAGAAAAACAAGAAUUACAGAGCACAGUUUCCCAGCUGCAGCGUAAAUACCAAACCAAGGAGAGCGAGAACAGUGAAAUAUCAGGCCGACUGCAGGCAGUCAGGCAAAAGAUUGUUGAACUUGAACGCAAUAACGCCAGCCUCUCAGCAAGUCUGGAAAAGUAUCAAAGUGAUUUUAAUCAUACCAGACAGGAGCGAGACAAAUACCAGACAGCUAACUAUACUUAUAACCGUGAGAAGGAGGAAUUGGCCCAGCAAAAUGCUGAAUUGAAAAUGAAACUAGAAGUUAAGGUAAAUGAAUGUGAAGAAUUGGAAAGAACUACUAGUGAUCUAUCCAAAAAACUUAGCCAAGCUGAGCUGAUUGUACAACAACUGUCGAUUGAGUCUGACGCUCCGGCCGCACAGACCCUGGUACAGCAGCUGCAACAGGAGAAAGAUGACCUUAAGAGUAAACUGGACCAGUUGAAGAAGACCUUGCAGAAGAGUGAGGCUAAUGCAGAGGAAGCAUUACAAAGACGGACAGAUGAGCUGGAAAAACUACAAAGUCAGACUAGAUCCUUACAGAGCCAACUGGAAUUAAUAGAAAAAGAAAAAGAAUCUUGGGAAAGCAGGGAAUCUGAACUGCAAGAAGAACUUCAACACUUACAGAAAAAUUUAGUUGAUCUUGAGGAUGAGGAAGUCAGCCAUCAUGUGGAGGCCACCCAGCAAGCGGCCAUAGAAAUAGAAAAACUCUGUGAAGAGAAGCAGAAACUUGCUGAACACUUACAGAAUCAGGCAAGAGAAAAUGAUAAGCUUGUCAGGGAGGAAGGCCAAUACCUCCACAGGAUACAUGAGCUGGAAAUUACAGUGAACCGACUGGAGGAGGAGGCGACAGACAGGGCAUCUUUACUGGACAGUAUUCAGGGUGAUAAGGAGACCAUCAGUAGGGCGUUAAAGCAAAACAAAGAGCUUAAAACACAACUAGAAGAAAUCGAGAAACGCUUCGUGAAAAUGAGUGAAGAAAAUAUGGAGCUUGCGACACAACUGGAGACGGAAAAACAUGUCGGCAAGGAAAUGGCGGUGAAACUAAGCGAGACUGCUGUCGAGCUUGAAGAAACCAAAGAAUCGUUUGAGAGAAAAAGCGAAGAACUCUCAGCGGUGACCAAGGAAUGCGAAGCUCUUAAGAAACAGUUGGAUAACAAAAGUGACCAACUGAGCUCGCUUCACGACGAGCGAGAGCUUUCUCUGCAAAACCUUCAAGAACAGCUCAAACAGAAGGAAUUCGAGCUAUCAUCGUUGAAAGAGGAAGUGGACACAACAAAGCAAUUCGCCGAACAAGCGGCGAAUCAGAUGAACGAGCAACAGCAGGAAUACGAGGACCAACUGCGCAAAAUGGAGAUGCUUUACGGCGAACUACAGCGGUCAGAGGAUACGAUCCAUCAAUUGGUUGAGGAAAACGAGCAUUUGCGUACAGUGCUAGACUCACACGAAGACACCGUGUCAGAAGAAGGGGAAGCAUCCACCAGCUCAGAGGAAGUUCAUUACCAUGACGAGUCUCCCGCAAAGGAGGAAGCAUCGGACGAGGAGGACCCCCACAUCAAACCUGUCCCCUCAGACAAACUCCACACCAAUGAAGUCCUUGACAACAGGUUUGACGUUGAAACCCCAGAACUGUACCAACAAGAAGGGUCCUAUAUCAAUGGGGACUUGUACCACAGGGAGCACGAGGAGACGGACUCAGGGGAGGAUAUGAAUAUGGUACCUCAGAGGCACGCAAGGAGCCCUCCGCCCUUGUCCAAAUAUACCAGCCGGGAGGAUGUGAUCGAUGGACUGUCGGCUUCAAUCCGUCAACUCGAGCUGGAGCGCGAACAAAUGACGAGUCUGCUACAUGCCUCCCGAGAGAAUCACGAGAAUGAGAUGCGUCGACUUAGGGAUCACAUGGACCUGCAGCUCCAGCAACAGCUUAAGCAACAAUACAAACAGGUGCAAGAGCAAUUCCAGCAGCAGUUACACGAGCAGCAGCAGAAGAUACAGCUUCUACAAGAAGUCCUGGAGCGACAGAAGGCGCGCAUUGAGCAGCAGUCGGAGGAGGAGGUGGUGCCGGCCCCGCCCACUGAGGCCGAGGGAGACAACAUGAGCUUCGAGGCCCUGAAAAUCGCAUUCAGUAAACUACAGGGCUGGUUCAUGAAACUCAUGGAAGAGAAGGCGUCCCUGACAGAGCGCAUCCAAGAGCUAGAGCACCUAACGGUCCAGCUGUCAGAAGAAACGGAGACCAUAGGUGAAUACAUCACGUUGUACCAAACACAGCGCACGGCUCUCAAGGCGUACUACCACGACCGGGAGAAACUCAUCACGCAAAUCUCCAACGAAAAGGGAGAAAUGCAGGCAAAGAUCUCGCAAUUCCAAGAACUCGUCAAACAGCUCUUGGACGAGCGUAAAGAGCUGCGAUUCCAACAACACCAACUCCAGAACAUGCUCAACAAACGAAUGCUUGCUCACGAGCACGAGUCCAUCAUACCGGGAUACCAGGAAGGGGACGAAAUCAUCACCACUAUAACCACCUCCGACCAGGAAAGCGCACCUAGCGAAGCGCAUAAUAACCUAUCCAAUCGUACAGACAAUUUACGUGAAUCCGAAGUUCAAAGUCCCGGAUUUGAAACGUUUGAAAGCUCCGGAUCAGAAAGUUUAGAAAGCUCGGGAUUUGAGCUCGAGGAAGACGAUGGGACUGCUCUGCAGAUUUUACAACUUUUGGAACAGCUAGGUCCGUCUGAGGAGGGGAACAAAGGCUGGGUAUCACCUGCUGUACGGACACGUGAAUUCCUACCUUGCAGGCAUUGUACUUCUAGUAGACUGCUCAGGAUAUAGGGAGUCGAGGAAUGAGUAAAACCUCUAUAUAUCAGGGGGUCGCUAGUAGACUGCUCAGGAUAUAGGGAGUCGAGGAAUGAGUAAAACCUCUCUAUAUCAGGGAAUCGCUAGUAGACUGCUCAGGAUAUAGGGAGUCGAGGAAUGAGUAAAACCUCUAUAUAACGGCACCUUUAGUAGACUGCUCAGGAUAUAGGGAGUCGAGGAAUGAGUAAAACCUCUCUAUAUCAGGGAAUCGCUAGUAGACUGCUCAGGAUAUAGGGAGUCGAGGAAUGAGUAAAACCUCUAUAUAACGGCACCUUUAGUAGACUGCUCAGGAUAUAGGGAGUCGAGCAAUUAGUGGAACCUCUAUAUAACAGGCACCUCUAGUAGAUUCCAACCGCUCCAAAUGCUCAAUUCCUAUUUAUUUUCUCGAGCUCAUUUGCAUCAUCUGGCGUACUUUGGGCGUGAUGAAGACGUACUGACUUUGAAUGCUGGCAUUUUCUCAAGGUUUACUUCUAGAAAACGAAUGGAUGGAAAUUACAAUGAAAAUAAUUAAUGUUUCCCGGAAACAACAUCUAUUAGCCGCAUCUUUCACUCGUUGCAAAUCAAACCUUCUGUGUCUUUUUAUGGAUUAUGUUAAGAUUACUCCAAAGAACAAAUAAGGUAGUAUUUAUAUAUUAUUAUCUGUAAGGAAAUUCGUGAGUUCUCGAAUAGUAGUAAUUAUUUUCGAUAAGUGAAUAAUUUUUAAUCAUAAGAUUGGGCUCACUUGUAGUGAGACAAGGGUUAAAAUAAGCCUAGGGAAGCGUCUUUUGUGAGUGACUAUAGUCCCUUGUGUUGAAGGAACACCAAGGUGCAAAGGCGACAGCAAAGUAGGAUAAAGCCAUGUGUAAACUGUGGCAAUACUGCAGGCGAAAACAAAACCAAGUUGGGAGAUGCUACGCAUUUCUGUUGUCUUAUGAUCCACCAAGCGAGAGCGAAUCAAAACCGUUUAUGACGUUCCUUCGCGGCUAUUUGUUAGCUGUGUUGGUCGAAUUGCCUAGUAAAUUGACUUCAAAAAGAGCCAUUUUCUCUCUUUGCUUGAGACACGUGACCUACACUCGCGGACAAUACCAAUCUCGUUUUCAGAGUCCACGUACCACUUGUACAAAGGUACGUGGGCUCUGAAUGAGAUAGGAAAAAAACUUGUUGGACGAGUGACAAUGGAUUUGGAUCAUACCAAAUAAUAUUAACAAUAGAAGGAAUGGUGAUCAUGGGAUAUCUGUCAAUCCAUAUACACUACACCAUCCAUCGUUCAUUACCAUUAUUUCAAGCAGCAGAAAUGGGGUUAAAAUAAAACAAAGUAUAUUUAC